UCUGUGAAUCUCCCAUGGUCUACUUCGACUGUAGAAACAUAGCUGCAGGAACAACUGGAGCAGAAUGUCAAAAAAGUUGCCAGACUCUGGAUAUGCAGUGUUAUAGCACACAAUGUAUAUCUGGCUGCAUGUGCCCAGCUGGGCUUGUGUUAGACAGGAAUGGUGUUUGUAUUUCUGAAGAGGAAUGUCCAUGUAUUCACAAUGAAGCCAUGUAUCAGCCUGGGGAGAAGAUCAGUGUUGACUGUAACACCUGUAUAUGCAAGAAUAGGAAGUGGGAAUGCACUGAAGAUCAAUGUCUGGGCACUUGUGCUGUUUAUGGAGAUGGUCAUUAUAAUACCUUUGAUGACAAAAGGUUCAGCUUCAAUGGAAACUGUGAAUACACACUAGUCCAGGUACUGAUAAUUAGCAAUACCAAUGGGACCUUCAGGGUUAUCACUGAAAAUAUUCCCUGUGGCAACACUGGGACAACUUGCUCAAAAUCUAUCAAAGUUUUCUUAGAGAGCUAUGAACUGAUACUUGGUGAGGAGCAUGUCAGUGUCAUAAAGAGAGGACAAAAUGAUGAGGUGCCAUACACCGUCCGCUAUAUGGGCAUGUACUUGGUAAUUGAGACCACAAGCGGACUGAUCCUCAUGUGGGACAAGAAAACCAGCAUCUUCAUCAAGCUCAGCCCUGAUUUUAAGGGCCAGAUCUGUGGUCUUUGUGGAAAUUAUGAUGGCAACGGCAUCAAUGACUUUACUACAAGGAGUCAGUCUGUAGUAGAGAAUGUCCUAGAGUUUGGAAACAGCUGGAAAGUAUCUUCUACAUGUCCUGAUGCUUACAGCAUAAAGGACCCAUGUUCUACCAACGUUUAUCGAAAGUCCUGGUCAGAGAAGCAGUGUAGCAUCAUCAACAGCAACGUCUUUGCUGCCUGUCACUCGCAGGUUGAACCAGCAAAAUAUUACCAAGCAUGUGUGACAGAUGCUUGUGCAUGUGACACUGGAGGAGACUGUGACUGUUUUUGUACAGCAGUAGCUGCCUAUGCUCAAGCAUGUAGUGAAGUUGGUGUCUGCAUAGCCUGGAGAACCCCAUCAAUCUGUCCACUGUUCUGUGAUUACUACAAUCAAAACGGGGAAUGUGAAUGGCACUAUAAGCCUUGUGGAGCCUCCUGUAUGAAGACCUGUAGGAACCCAAGUGGAAAAUGCCUCCAUAACUUGCCAGGUUUAGAAGGCUGCUACCCUAACUGCCCACCAGAUAAGCCAUAUUUUCACGAGGAUCAGAUGAAGUGCGUCAGUCUCUGUGACUGUUUUGAUAAUGAAGAUGGAAAAAUAUAUAGACGGGAUGAAUGUCAUUUAUGUGAAUGCACAUCAGAAGGUUUACAGUGCAAGUUUGAUGAUAAAG